GUCUGUUAGUCGGUGUUGGAAACUUAGCGCCUUUCUCCGUAGAGUUUGUAGAGUUUGUAGAGUUUUGUGGAGUUUGUAGAGUUUUGUGGAGUUUUCCCGGAAAGCCGUCCCCGUGUUGUGUGUCCACGCAGCUCUCCGCAGGUCCGGCACCGAGGGGGACCCCCUUUAGACCGCAGAGAGCCCACAGCGAGUCUGUGACAGAAAGGUUGCAGCAGGCCGUUAGCUGAGCCUCCACUUUCCUUCAGAGAGCAGGAGGAGGAAAGAGGAGCUGAGGCGGGGUGAAGGUAGAAAGUGUGUGUGAGCUGAUGUGGAUUCAGCAGCAUGGAUCAGUGUGAGGACAGAGAGGAGGGAGUCCCUCCCUCUAAAACCACUCUGUGUGGGGAACAUGAGAGCCAGACCAAAGCUCAGAGGAAAAGACGAGGAACUAAACGUAAACACAAACCUGGACCUGGACCUGGACCCAAACCUGGACCUGGACCCAGCUGUGUGUCCUUAAAGAGUGAUCGGUCUAAAGGUGGCGUCCCUGAUUUUAAAGGUCAGCGUGCGUCUGCUGCAGAGAGACUCACUCAGGAGGAAGAGGAGGACAGAGCAGAGCCUGCAGGAUCCAGCUGUCUGUCCAUGAGGAGUGACCGGUCCAAAGAUAGCAAUCCAUUCUUCAGUGAUGGACCAACAGAAGAGAGGAAGAGGAGCGGGGUCUGUGUGGAGGAGCGGCCGUCCUGCUGUGCUUCCUGUCAGGACGUCCUGAAGGAUCCGGUCUCUACCAGCUGUGGACACUGGUUCUGCAGACAGUGCAUCUCCUCAUACUGGGACCAGGCUGCUUCAUCAGGAGACUCCUCCUGUCCCCAGUGUGGACAAACAGAUGCUGGUCUGCAGGAGGUUUUAGAGGAACAUAAGAUCAGUCUGAGGAGGAGAUGUGAACGUGUGGCUGAAGGAAGUGAUGAAACAGGAAGUGGAACCCUCCUGAACAGGAUCUACACUGAGCUCUACAUCACAGAGGGACAGAGUGAAGAGGUUCAUACCCAACAUGAGGUGAGGCAGCUGGAGACAGCUUCCAAGAAGACCGUCCAUGACAGACCAAUCAGGUGCCACGACAUCUUUAAAGCCUUCCCUGACCAACAGAGACCCAUCAGAGUGGUUCUGACCAACGGCGUCGCUGGUGUUGGAAAAACCUUCUCGGUGCAGAAGUUCAGUCUGGACUGGGCAGAGGGCUUGGAGAACCAACAUGUCAGUGUGGUGAUGCUGCUUUCAUUCAGGGAGCUGAACCUGAUCAGAGAUCAGCAGUACAGUCUUCUGGAGCUGCUCCAUGUUUUCCAUCCAACAUUACAGAAGGUCCCAGCAGAGAAGCUCGCUGUCUGGAAGCUUCUGUUCAUCUUUGACGGCCUGGAUGAAAGCAGACUUUCAUUGGAUUUCACCAACAGGAAGCUCGUGUCUGAUGUCACACAGAAGUCAUCAGUCAGCGAGCUGCUGACAAACCUCAUCGAGGGGAAGCUGCUUCCCUCGGCUCUCGUCUGGAUAACUUCCCGACCUGCAGCAGCCAAUCAGAUCCCUCCUAGAUUUGUGGACAGGCUGACAGAAGUACGAGGCUUCACUGAUGCCCAGAAGGAGGAGUACUUCAGGAGGAGAUUCAGUGAUGAAGAGCUGUCCAGCAGAAUCAUCUCCCACAUGAAGACAUCCAGGAGCCUCCACAUCAUGUGCAGCAUCCCAGUCUUCUGCUGGAUCACUGCUACAGUUCUGGAGCACAUGUUGACCACAGAGCAGAGAGGAGAGCUGCCCAAGACCCUGACUGACAUGUACUCACACUUCCUGCUGGUUCAGACAAAGAGGAAGAAGAACAAGUACCAUGAGGGACAUGAGACGAGUCCACAGGAGCUGACGGAGGCUGACAGGGAAGUUCUUCUGAAGCUGGGGAGGCUGGCGUUUGAACAUCUGGAGAAAGGAGACAUCAUGUUCUACCAAGAAGACCUGGAACAGUGUGGUCUGGAUGUGACAGAGGCCUCGGUGUACUCAGGAGUUUGUACAGAGAUCUUCAAGAGAGAGUGUGUGAUCUUCCAGAAACCGGUCUACUGCUUUGUUCAUCUGAGCAUUCAGGAGUUUCUGGCUGCAGUCUACAUGUUCCACUGUUUCACCAACAGGGAGACGGAGGAGCUGGAGAAGUUCCUGAUGAAUGAUGAUCAUUAUCAUUUUAAUGAUUAUGGGAACAUCUCAUCUCUGGAUGUUUUCCUUCAGAGAGUCAUGGAGAAAUCCCUUGAGAGUGAAAAUGGCCACCUGGACCUGUUUGUUCGCUUCCUUCAUGGCCUCUCUCUGGAGUCCAACCAGAGACUCUUAGGAGGUCUGCUGGGUCAGACAGAGAACAGUCCAGGAACCAUCCAGAGUGUCAUCAACAGCCUCAACGAGAUGAACAGUGAUGAAAUCUCUCCUGACAGAAGCAUCAACAUCUUCCACUGUCUGAUGGAGAUGAACGACCUCUCAGUACAUCAGGAGAUCCAGGAGUUCCUGAAGUCAGAGAACAGAUCAGAGAAGAAACUCUCUGAGAUCCACUGCUCAGCUCUGGCCUUCAUGCUGCAGCUGUCAGAGGAGGUUCUGGAUGAGCUGGACCUGAACAAGUACAACACAUCAGAGGAGGGACGACAGAGACUGAUUCCAGCUGUGAGGAACUGCAGAAAGGCUGAACUGACUGGUUGUCAACUCUCAGAGACUCACUGUGAAGUUGUGGCCUCAGCUCUGAAGUCCAACCCCUCCCAUCUGACACAGCUGGACUUGAGUGACAACAACCUGCAGGAUUCAGGAGUGAAGCUUCUGUGUGCUGGACUGGAGAGUCCAAACUGUCGACUGGAGACUCUGAGCAGCUGCACACAGAGACCAGUGUUGUUGGUCCAGCUCAGAAGACGACUUGUUGGAAUGAAGACGAGCUCGGAGUUUGUCUGCUUUAAGAACCGCACUGGGAAAAGAUUGAAGUACUGUGGUUUGUCAGAGAUCAGCUGUGAUUAUCUGGCAGCAGCUCUGAAGUCCACCCCCUCCCAUCUGAGACAGCUGGACCUGAGGGGAAACAACCUGCAGGAUUCAGGAGUGAAGCAUCUGUGUGGUUUUCUGGAGAGUCCACGAUGUGUUCUUGAAACUCUGAGUUUGGAGAACUGUGGUUUGUCAGAGAUCAGCUGUGAUUAUCUGGCAGCAGCUCUGAAGUCCAACCCCUCCCAUCUGAGAAAGCUGGACCUGAGGAGAAACGACCUGCAGGAUUCAGGAGUGAAGCAUCUGUGUGGUUUUCUGGAGAGUCCACGAUGUGUUCUUGAAACUCUGAGAUUGGAGUGGUGUGGUUUGUCAAAGAUCAGCUGUGAUUAUCUGGCAGCAGCUCUGAAGUCCAACCCCUCCCAUCUGACACUGCUGGACCUGGGGGGACACAACCUGCAGGAUCCAGAUGUGAAGCAGCUGUCUGAUCUUAGGGAGAGUCCACACUGCAGACUGGAGGAGCUGGAGUGGAGGAGCUGGAGGUAAACAGGACGGUGUGUGUGCUGAGAGAGGAGGAGCUGUGUCCUGAUGAUCCAGAGAGGUUGAAGCAGCAGCAGCUUGUGUGCAGAGACGCUCUGACUGGGCCAUGUUACUGGGAGGUGGAGUGGAGAGGAGAGCUUCAUCCAGCAGUGACUGACAGAGGAAUGAGAAGAAGUGCAGAUGACUGUCAGUGCUGCAGAAUGAACUGCUCUGAGAACAGCUCCACUGUCACACACAAUGUAGAGUCCACCAUCAUCCCUGUGUGUCCCUGUGGAUCUGCCAGAGGAUCAUCAGUGGAUCUGGAUGCUCUGCUGCUGCUCUGUCCUUCUACACAGUCUCUGCAGAGUCUCUGUCUGACACUGGCUUCAGCUUUUCAGGCUUCAUUCUGGAUCACAGUCAGGAGAACAUCACCUGGAAAGGCCUCCAACAACAUCUCCAUCAUAGACACAAUGUUUUUAGGACUUACACAUCAGGUUUUGGUGCUUGGAGAUCAAAUAUGUGCCCAUCUAUAAGUUUCAGUGUUUUCCUUAAAGUAGUUUUUCAUCUAUUAGCAGAACAUUAAUAUUGAUACCAACCAUCUGUCUCACCUGCUUCAUUUAUAUAAUGCAGUCCAUCAGGUCAAAGUGUGAAAAUCUGCACACUGGUUUCACAUAAUAACAGGACACAUGUGAUCUGAGCACUGCUGUGGGUGAAGGGGGGGAUCUAUAUGUGUGCAGUCAUUUAGAUAAUAAGGACAUCUAGUGGUUGAGUGGGAGAACUGCAGCAGGUGGAGGUGUUUCCAUCCAUCCUGCUGUCUUCCUGUAUUGGACAAUGAUGAAUAUUGCAUUAUGAUCAGAGAAUGAUUGAGAGUGUUGGAAAUGAUGAUUGAGGUGAAGAUGACAUCAAUCAAUGGAAACUUGUUAAACAUCAGUUUUUGUUGGCAGAAAGCUGUGAGAGCGAUCUGUUCCAGGAAAUCAGUCAGAGUGGAUGUUGGAGAAAUGAGUUCUGUCACAGUAUGAUAACAUCUUUGGAUAAUAAUGAUGCUGAUGUUACGUGUGUGUGUGCUGCUCAUUUAAGCUGACUGUGUGUGUGAGGGAGUGUUUCUAUGACCUUAUGACCUUUGUACAGAAUGUGUUUCUUUGUAACAAUGAAACGUAGGACAGAAGUGUGAAGAUUUAUGUCUGUGACCUUUGACCUGUCUGAGUUUCAUGUGUGUACAGUGGUACCUGAAGGUUGAUAGAGGUCAGAGGUCAUACUGUCAUGUGUUUAAUUACAGCUACAGUAAGGUCCAAAAUCAACUUUCCAUGUGACUCAGAGACCUUCAGAGACGGCACAAAGCGGAGCAUUGAAAGCUGUCAGUGUUUGUGUUACUGCCUUUGUUUAUGUGCUGUCCUGUUCAUGUGCUCAGGUGUGUGUCUAAGAAUGGCUCAGAGCAGAGGACAAACUGAACUUGGACUGAUGGACAUGCUGCUUUCAUUUUCAUUAAAAGACCUUUACUGGA